UCUCCCAAAUUGUUUAUAUUUACUUAUUCGUCAGUGAUUUAUUGUCAACAUUUACUGAUUAGCCACGACUUUAAAAAUGGAGCAGUGGAAGAAAAUGGUCUGUUCCAGUGAAUCGCGCUUUCUUUUUUCUUCAUUUGAGCUUUCUGAUUAGUUGGCGAAUAAAAGGGGUGUGAUUUUUUUCGUGAUUUUCUGACAGUUAUGUAGUUUUUUUCUUUCUGCCGCUGGCAGAUGGUGGCGAAACCCUAGGAUUUUCAGCUCAGGUUCAUUUAGUUUGAACGUGGAGGACAAUGAACGUCUGCGCUAAACCUUUGCCCUACGAGCUCCUGGUAGAAGUAGGACAAGGCUCCUACGGUAAAGUGUACAAAGCCAGAGAGGUGGGGGGCAAACAGCGACUCCUAGCGGUGAAGAAGUACAACGUCCGCGGGGACACGCUACAGAACGGGAUCCCUACCUUCAUGAUCCGAGAGGUGGCGCUGCUGCGCAGAAUGGAGCACUUCAGCCAUCCUAACAUAGUCAAGCUGCUGGAUGCAUCUGUUGCACCUGCAGGAAAUAGCCUGGACCUCACUCUGGUGCUGGAGUACAUUGACCAGGACCUGACCUCCUUCCUCUCAAAGGUCCCCUCUUCUGGACUGAGCCGUGCCUCUAUUAAGGAUGUGAUGCUGCAGCUGCUGCGAGGGCUGGACUUCUUACACACAAACAUGGUCCUGCACCGGGACUUAAAACCGGAAAACGUCCUGGUCAGCAGCCGCGGAGAAAUCAAGAUUGCGGACUUUGGACUGGCACGGAUCCACACCUUCAAUAUUGCUCUUACUCCUGGUGUGGUAACACUGUGGUAUCGAGCUCCUGAGGUGCUGCUGAACUCUGUUUACAUGUCCUCAGUGGACAUGUGGAGCGUCGGUUGCAUCUUUGCCGAGCUCUUCCUCUUGAGACCGUUGUUUCAAGGAUACACAGAGGUGCAGCAGCUGCAAAAAAUCUUUGAGGUGAUUGGUUUGCCCAGUGAGGAGGACUGGCCUGAGGACAGCCUGAUCUCGUACUCAGCCAAGUGGGGACCCAGAGGCUCCUGCAGCGAGCUGCUUCCCAACCUGAGCCCAGACGAGAACGACCUGCUGUCUAAAUGUUUGACAUUCAGACCAAGUGGUCGCAUCUCAGCCGCCAAAGCCCUGGCCCAUCCUUUCCUUGUGAAGCACUGAAGAGUUCGGUUGAAUGAAGAGUGGAGGGAGGAGAAAUUGCUGCUCGGAUCUUCCAGUAAUCUGCAAUUAACUUUAAAAAAAACGUGGUGCCCUAAAAUCAGCUCUACACUUUGUUCCUACAUGGCUUGUUGAUAGGCUUUGAGAGAGUUUAAGUUUUAUUUUUAAGUUUGAGGUUUUACUCCUGUUGACUGUCCCUAAAUAAGGAAGGCCUGACUUAUAGAACAUGGGUCCUACAGCACAUAUUUUGAUAAAAUCCAAAAACAGGAAGUAUGUUUUAGGUAAUUCCCUCUUAAGAGUUUUAAAUACUUAGUUGUGAUUCUAAAUUUGACAGUGUUCAUGUGAAUGGAGGAGCAGUAUUUUGUUCUUUGACAUGUUUUUUUUCCCCCCAAAAUGUAGCGCUACUUUGCUGAGUGUCACUAUUCUAUCUGGCUAAAUGCUACAGACGACACUAUUUUGAAUACUUUUAAGUUGAGGGAUGUGUUCUUAAUGUUUAAACAAAAAAAGAUUGUGACUUGUAUGCCUGAGGAGAUGUAACCCUUUAUUUUUGAUAUUUUUGUGAAGAUAUUUAUGGUGCAAUCUGAGUAGAUUACAUCUGUAUUUAUGUUCGUAUUGACAUAACUUUUUUUUUAUGUGAAUUAAACUGUUCAGUCAAGAAGCAUUUCU